GCAUUUCAAAACAUUAAUCCGUCAGACGCCUCAUUCAUCGAGUUUCUCUGUUUUACAGCUAUGAAUUUCAUGCAUGUUUCUUAUCGACAUGAUGCUAUUUUGUAGUUAAGGGGAUAUAAGACAGCGGUUGUCAGUGUUUGUGUUGUGAGAGUGUCAUUAAUGUUCAACAUGAGGUUGAGUUCAUCUGUCUUUGCUUUACUCUGUCUCAUAUGUGAGGUUGUGAGCAUCGCUCUCUUCCUCAGAGGAUUCUUUCCUGUUCCUGUCAAAUCAUCCUUUUCAUCCAAAAGCAAAGUGUCUCACUUUCCUGCUGAGCCACUAACAGGAAGUGGAGUAAACUCCAGCAAAAUCCCUGGGCCGUUGUUCAGGCGGGUGGUGAUAGUUUUGAUUGACGCUCUUAGAGAAGACUUUGUGUUUGGUUCUGAUGGCCGCAGGUUUAUGCCCUACACCAGAAAUGUGGUGGAAAGAGGCUCGUCCCACAGCUUCAUCGCCAAAGCCAGAGCACCCACCGUCACCAUGCCCAGAAUUAAGGCCCUAACCACCGGCAGUAUUCCAGGUUUUAUAGAUGUGGUGAUGAACCUUAACUCUCCAGCCCUGUUGGAGGAUAAUCUCAUCUGGCAGGCCAAAACCGCUGGCAAGCGAAUCAUCUUUUAUGGUGAUGACACUUGGGUCCGGCUCUUCCCCAAACACUUCAUGGAGCAGGACGGAACGACAUCCUUCUUUGUCUCCGACUACAUGGAGGUGGAUAAUAAUGUGACCCGUCAUUUGGAUGACACUUUGAAGAGAGACGACUGGGACAUUCUCAUCUUACACUAUCUGGGUCUGGAUCACAUUGGUCACAUUAGUGGACCACACAGCUCUCUGAUUGGACCAAAACUGGUAGAGAUGGAUGACAUCAUUAAGAAGAUACAUGCCUCCCUCAUAUCAAAGGAAUCUGAAGGGACGUUGCCCAACCUCCUGGUAUUGUGUGGAGAUCAUGGCAUGUCUGAAACCGGCAGCCAUGGCGGAUCAUCAGAACCAGAAAUCAACACGCCCCUCGUGCUCAUUAGCCCCGCAUUUAGGAGAAAAGCCGAAUUUGAGGAGCCGGGUGUUCUGGAGCAGGUGGAUCUGACGCCCACCCUGGCGCUGGGUCUGGGGUUGCCCAUCUCUCAGAACAGUGUGGGCCGUUUGAUUCCAGCCGUGUUUGAGGAGCUGUCAAUCAGAGAGCAGCUACGCUUUCUCCAGCUCAACGGGCACCAGCUCAGCCGUCUCCUGCAGGACAGCAAUCCUACCUUUCACAAGGAGGACGGUUACGAAUUGUUUCGCGUGGCAGAGAAGUCUCACACCAGCUGGAUGAAGCUCUAUGUGGAUGGAAACACCUCGGAGGUUCUCAGUAACAUGGGCAAGAAGGUUCUUAAACAAUAUCUGGAUGCUCUGAAGGCCAUGAGCUCAGCCCUUAGCAAACAGCUGGGGAAAUAUGACAUGUACUCUAUGAUCAUGGGCAUGAUAUUCCUUCUUCAGAUUCUGGGUCUGCUGCUGUUGGCUAUGCCAGAGGCGUUGAGCAGAGAUGCAAUGGUCGAUGUCCCGUUGGCAGCGUCUUUGUUCUCGCUGCCCUUCUACCUGCUGUGUCUGCUCGGUGCCGCCCUGCACGUGCUGAUCUGCACCUCGGCCGGGGGUCUCUGUUACCUCUGCAGCCUACCUUGGGUCUUAGUGUUCACCGCUAUCCUCCUCUCCUCUGCCCUGAUGUGUGCUCUGGUUGCCAUGGCAGCAAGGAGGAUGCCCAACAGCAGCAGUAAGACUCCUACUAAGGGUUCAGAUUGGACUCUCUCAGAGUUGGAUGUUCUGUUGCUGGUUGGUACUGUGGGUCACACCUUCAGUUUGGGUUCCAGUAGUUUCAUUGAGGAGGAACAUCAGACCUGGUACUUCCUGCUCAACACUUUGUGCCUGGCAGUCUUCCAGGAUGUCUGCAGGAAGUACUUCAGAGAACGGAGACAUAGAGGUGAGGAAGAGGAGGAGGGUCCUCUGCUUCCCUCCACUGCUGAGGAAACAUUUUCUUCUCCUUCCUCUUUCUUCCCGGAGCUGGGGAUCAGCGCGGGGUCAGAGAAGUGGCUGGCACUGGCGACUCCGCUGCUGACCCUGGCCUGCUGUCGUCUACUGAGGUCACUGAAUCAGACCGGGGUGCAGUGGGCGCACCUGCCAGACUUCGGACACUGGCUGAACAGUGGAGAUCAUAAGAUGUUUCUCUCCGUGCUGGCGGCGCUCUCUCUGGCUCUGAUCUUCCUCCUCAUCCAGCGUCAUUGCUCUCUGGUGUCUAAGAUCGCCCUGGUGCUCGGCCUUCUCGGAGUUUACAGCUAUCGCGCCGCUGUCGGAAACGUCCUGUUCCCAUGGCAACACAGCAGCCGUGCUGUCUCCAAGGGAACCGUUGAGGCGCGAUUCGUCUAUGUCUUCGUCCUCGGGAUCCUCUUCACCGGCGUGAAGGACCUGUUGCGGGCGCAGCUGACGUCCUCGGCCGUGGACGGUGGGCGUUUGAAGAGCAGAGGAUUGUGGGAAGUGUACAGUGGCGUCGUUCUACUGGUGGCUCUGCUCUUCAGAGCUCAUAAUCUGCCCACGUUGGCCUGCUGUCUGCUCAUCCAGACCAUCAUGGCUCAAUUCAUCUGGAAGAAACUACAUUACGAUGCUGCACAGACCACCAUAAUGCACUACUGGUUUGGCCAGGCCUUCUUCUACUUCCAGGGGAACUCGAACAACAUCGGUACGGUGGACAUCUCUGUGGGGUUUGUGGGUCUUGAGAGUUAUGUUGAAGCCCCUGCCAUCAUCCUCACAGUGUUGAGCACUUACGCUGGACCUCUGCUCUGGGCCUUUCACCUCCUCUGUUACCUCAGCUCAGAAAGAGACAGGGCUGUAAUGGGUCUCGGUCACGGUAGUUACUGCUUCGCUCUCCUGCGGUCCAUUCCUGCGGUGUUCUACGUGGUUCUGGUCAUCGCCCUCCGAUAUCACCUCUUCAUCUGGAGCGUGUUUUCUCCCAAACUCUUAUACGAGGCCAUGCACACCCUCGUCACUACAGCUGUGUGUCUGUGUUUCACAUUCAUGGAUCAGGACCGCUCCGCCCGACCUUGAGCACGUGCCCUGAAACCCAGAACCAAACUCGACCUCGGGUACAGAAAGGCGGAGGAGUUUUAGGAUUGGUGAAUGAAUGUUUCAGUGGAUGUUCAGUGUAUAAAAAUCACACCCUGAUGUGAAAGAGACGGUGAAAGAUGUGCAAACAUCACAGCUGAGAACUUGUGAAUCAGGUGAUGAAUAAGCCAUGAUGUUUUUACUGCUUUCCAUGUUUGUGAAUAAAUGAUAUUUUUAUCAGCAUUUUUGGGGGUAACUGAUUGCAGAGAUAAUGGUGUAAGUAAAUAUGUUACUCCCUCUUUCUAUGCAGUUUUACAGAUAAAUGUAAAUCAUGUUUUACACUGACCGAUACUUCACCUCUGGAAUAAUAAUAAUAUUAUUAAUAAUAAUAAUAUGAGAAGUGUCAUUAAUAACCCAGCUUAAUGUAAUUGUAGAACUUGGAGAGAUCUUAAAACUCAUUUAAAUGAUAUCUAUCUCUAAACAUGACUAUGCAUGACACGUUCAGUUAAUCUGCCCUUUGGAAAUGUGAACUAAUUUAUUUGAGUAAGUGCUUGUUCUUUAUCUUAGUGAACAGAUCUGAUUAAUAAUGAAACAAAUCAUUUUAAGCUUCAAAUUAAAAAUAUGCUUUUUUAAAGUGUGACACAUAUGCAACUUUGUUUAAACAUUUAAAUUUAUAGUUUGAUGAAAAUCUUAUUUUCUUUAGUUUUUUUAGGGUCUGAUUUACUGGUGUUUAUUGGUGUAAACUGUAUGCAAAAAGUUAUUAAAAUGUAUUGUUAUAUAUGGCUACAUGUGAAAAGCUCAGAUGCAAAAGCUGCUAAACGCCACCUCUGCCAAAAAAUGAGAUAAUGCUAUAGACCAAAUGCUCUCAGCACGUAUUAUACAUUCGUCAAAUGCUUUCACAUCACAUCCACUUAAUAGGGCGGUCACACUACACUUUUCGUCCCAUUGACAUCCAUUCAUAUAUGCAUGUGAAGGUGUGAAGGUAUUUUGUUGUGUGAAUUUGUAUCAUGUGAAAACAUGUGACCAGUAGAAAAACGAUAUGUCACAGUGUGACCUUUUGCUCUCCUUAAAGGUGCAGUGUGUAAUUUUCAAAAGGAUUUUUUGACAGAAAAGCAAAAUAAUAUACAAAACUAUAUUAUCAGGGUUGUAUAAAGACCUUUCGUAAUGAACUGUUAUGUGCUUAUUACCUUAGAACGAGACCUUUUUAUCUACAUACCCUGAGGGUCCCCUUACAAGGAAGAGGGGUUUUUGGGCACGGUGCAAAAAGUUUUUUAGUGCUUUUUUGCCAUUAAAGUGAAAUUAUACUGAACCUAAACAUGAGCCUGAUAAAAAUGCUCUUUUAAGAAAACACUUUUGCAUCUGAGCUCUUCAUAUAUUAAUCUUUAAACAAGGACAUUGUGACUCCAGACAUAACGCAGUAAAGCAUUAGCUGUUGUUAACUGUUGAGUCACUUGCUGCAUGACAUUUAUUGGUGGCUUGGUUUCAAUCUUCAGAUUUUACUGCAGUAUUUCCGCUUACAUUGACAGUAAAAUGAGUGGGUCUUGCCUAGUUGCAACGGUGUAAGAAUCAAAUAAUGUCUACCGCAGUUGUACAGCCCUUUAGUGUAACUCAAAUCCAUCAGGGCAUUAAUGCACCGCUCGACAUAAGCGCAACGUUCUGACCUUCACAUGAAAAGUGUUUAUGGGUGUUUAUUCAGCAUCACAGAAGGACUAGUUUAAUAUUUUAAACUAUGCACUUAAAAAUCUAAUGUGUAUAAUACAGUAUAAUGAUUAUUCUUUACAUGCCAUGGUAUAGCUUUAACACUGUACAUACACACACGGUCUCAUCUUGUUAUCUGUGCACAGGCCACAAUGAUAUCAUUAUAUGUUUGUGGAAAAGACGUUAGCUCAUGUUUUCAUGUUCUGUUAAUAAAGGAGAUGUUAGGA